AUGGCUGAUUCGUUGGUUGAGCAAUGCUCUAAGUUACAUAUUGGUAACGAUGAGGAUGAUAUCAUUGAUCUUGGUGAUAAACUGGAGGUGGGUCAGGAGGAUAAGUUGUCGUUGCAAUUGGUUGGGCAUCUAUUAACAGAAAAACCACUGAAUUUUGAGACACUAAAACAUACAAUGAUGCAUGUGUGGAGUGUGAUGGAGGGGGUUAUUGUUAGAGCCUUAGAAUCAAAUCUUUUUAUGUUCCAAUUCUUUCAUUGGAAAGAUAAGGAUAAAAUAUUAAGUGGAAGACCGUGGUGCUUUGAACAACGAUUACUUAUCUUGCAAGAAAUUAAUAAAGAUAUACAACCGUCUCAUAUGACUUUGAUUUUUUCUCCUUUUUGGAUACGGUUGUAUAACUUACCUUUUGGUUGUCGGUUGGAUGAGAAAGUAAAGGCUGUUGCGAGGGGUUUAGGUGAGGUUUUGGAGGUUGAGGAGGAUUUUCUUGAUUUAUACCCGUAUCGUAGAGUUAGGGUUUUGCUUGACUGUACUAAACCUCUGAAGCGUUUUCAGAAUAAUCGUGUUAGGGGGGGAGUCAUGGUGAAGAUAUCUAUCAAAUAUGAGAGAAUUCCUCAUUUUUGUUUUCAUUGUGGCCAUAUGAGUCAUUUAGAGAAAGAUUGCUUAAUUGUUAAUGAUGAAGAUGAAGAAUAUGAGACUGGUUGA